UUUAUUCUGAAGGUCUUCUGCCAACAGGAGCAACAAUCAGCUGAUCUCUCACAGCUGAGCUUUCGUGGCGUCUCUGAAAAACGAAGUGUGGACACGUUAACACGUGCUGAACGUCAUCUUGAGACAUCUUGAGUGAAACCUGUGUUUGCUUUAGAGAUAAAAGAAGCUGACAUGGCCCCCACACUGUACGACAACAAACCAGAGAUCGGUGACUUGAUUGAGAUCUUCCGUGGGUCGUAUCAGCACUGGGCUGUGUAUGUUGGCGAUGGGUUUGUUGUUCACCUGGCACCCUCCGGUGAGGGCCCUAAUGCAGGUGCCAGCAGCAUGAUGUCUGUUCUAACGGAGAAUGCGAUGGUGAAGAAAGAGGAGCUGUGGGCUGUGGUGGGAACCAACCGGUGGAACAUCAACAACAGCCUCGAUGAUAAGUACAAACCUCGCCCUGUUCACGUCAUUGUGAGGGAGGCCUCGGCCCUUGUGGGCGCUGAACUGCCGUACUGCGUCUUCAGGGGAAACUGUGAGCACUUUGCAAAUGAACUGCGGUACGGAAAGGCCGAGUCCCGGCAGGUUCGUAAAGCAGGUGAAACAGCCAUGAUUGCAGGCGUGACUGCAGCUGCUAUUUUUGGCUUCGUUGCUCUGGCUGGAGUUUUCUUUGGAGGCAGCAAAGAAGAAGAAAAGAAGAACAAGCAGUGAUUCAAGUCCCACAUGCCUAAUGAGAGGCUUUAUUAAAAGACCACCAGCAGAGCCUAACUGAUACUUAUGUCUGAAAAAGAAAACAUCUUUAUUUGAGCAAGCAUCUUUAAUUUUGUGAGGAAUUUGGGUGUCUUGCAUCAACAACUUAGCCUAAACCACCUUCUGUCCUUCUUUCUUUCUUCGCCUUGAAUAAUAUUUCAGACUUGUUGGUUUAGGAUUAAUGUACAGUAUUUUUCAAACACACUUCUAAACACAGCACAACAAAAGGUACUGGUAUUUCCACUCAUUUAGGUGCCAAGGUAAAGUAGGUUUAAAUAUUUAAAUAACAAUAUUUGGGGGGUUUGAACAUGACAUGAUAUCUUUUGGAUUGUAGAACAUUUGAGGGUCACACGCCUCAGCGCUUUUAUAUUUACUAAUGAAAUAGUUUGUUGCUUGAAACUAAUUGAAAUGAGAUGAAAUGACACAUCAGAAGUACUACAUAUUAUUUAUUGCACACUUGUGAACUGAGUCAUAAUUUAUUUUCAUUGAUGUCAUCUGCAUUGUUGUUAUGAAAUGUAAAGUUGACAGUGUAAUUGCAAUUUAUAAAAAUGUAGUCUCUCUGACUUUUAAUUGUUUUUCAAUAAAGACGUAUUAAUUAUGA